GGCAUAUUUUUGCCUGGGUGGGCUUCAGAACGCGAGUGAAAGCACGGAGUCGAAUUUCUGGAAAAAUGCGCUACGCUAGCAAAAAUAUCGUAAAAAUGUCAACCUAGCGCCGCCUAUAAUUUUGCUAGUCAGUAGAUCGUUAGAAGUAGCCAGCUAGCGCGGUGUGUGCGUGUGUGUUCCACCUCCCCUCCUUCCUUUUUCUCGUACGGGACUCAAGCGAAAGUGCCCAAUCAUGCCAGCCAUCCGAGGGAUCCGGCGGUUCUACAGUUACCUGGGACGGUGGGUCCGCCCGUACGAGAAAGAUGCCCCAAAGAUGGCAGCGCCAGCAAGUCCGCACACACCCGCGGAGGUGCAGCGCCAGCCAUCACAGAAAGGGGGUGCUGCUGCCGCUGCCAAGCCCAGUGCCCUUGCCAAGCAUGCUCACAGACUCCUCACCACGCUCAACAAGCUAAGGAAGGAGGGGGUGCUAUGUGACGUAACGUUCGUGUGCGAUGCGGAAACAGUCCACGCCCAUCGAGUUAUUUUAGUGUCGACCGGCUCCAAUUUUAAAGAAAUCCUCCAGCAAUAUUCUUCAAGAAAUGCAACGGAAAACGAUAAGAGCAGCUUGCAGGAUUUCCGUGGAGCUACUAAAAUCGAAAUCGACCUGAGAGGGUCCGGUCUUACCGCAUCCGCUGUAGAUAAAGCUGUGGAGUACGCGUAUCUUUCCGAUAUUGAGUUGUUGCGGAGUGGAGAUGCAAGGGAAAGGCAAGAGAUCGCGAAAGUUGCAAGGUACUUCAAGUUGUUGUCAGUCGAGCAGGCUGUGCUCAAGAUGGCGGAUAAUGUUCCCGCGCUCUGCGAACCAGCCAAGAUGCUUCACGUACAAGGUAUCCUCAAGCACAUCAACCAGUUUCGUAACGACGGUUUUAUGUACGACGCCACGUUGAUAUGUGGAAAGGAGCAAAUUCCGACACAUAAGAUCAUGCUGGCAGCAUUGAGUGACUAUUUCUUGGCCAUGUUUUCAGCGGGGAUGCGCGAAACAAGUUCUCAGGUGAUCGAAGUUGGCGGUAUCGACGGAAAACUUCUGCGAAAGGUCGUCGACUUUGCGUACACCUCAGCUCUGGAACUCACCACGGAAAACGUCCAAGAAAUUCUCCACGUCGGCUCGUAUCUCCAAAGCUCGCUAAUCGUCGAACCGUGCUGCGAAUUUCUGAAGAAACAUAUCGACAUGGACAACUGCGCCGACUUUUACCCGCUCACGAAAACGUACAAUCUCGUCGACCUUGAAGAAGCCGUGGACAAGUUCGUUUCGGACAACAUCAUUGUUCUGUCCAAUCGGCAGCAAUUUCAGAAACUGGAACUCGGGAAGCUGGUGGAAAUCCUGAGCCGUGAUUCGCUGCGGGUGAUGUCGGAGGUGGAGGUGUUCGGGAUAGCGAUGAAGUGGCUACACCACGACGUAGCUCGCUGGGAACAUAUGAACAAGAUCCUGGAGUGUGUGAGGUUCCCCCUGCUGCCUCCACAACAGAUGAUGAUGACAGUGGCUCGAGAGUGGGACCUGGUCAAGAAAGAUUCCCGUUGUGUUGCCUUGCUGAAGGAGGCUACGCGGUACCACAACAUGGUGUACCGGCAGCCCGUGUUGGAGACGCCGCGGGCUAGCCUGAGGUCUGACUACCAGUGCGUGGUGACGCUGGGCGGGAUCGUGCAGCGCGGGGAGGACGAGGAAAGCUGCGAGGACGUGACCUUCCUCGACAUGUACAGUCAGAACUCUGCGUGGAAGGACCUUGCUCAAGUGGAGCAGGAAGUAAGUUACCACUGUGCUGCUGUGCUGAACAACUUUGUGUACAUCGCGGGAGGAGAGGCUCCAAGUAUCUCCAAACUCAGCAGUCACAAGUUAGCCAUCAACAGUGUGUGGCGGUAUGAUCCAGGGAGGAACCAGUGGCUGUCAGUUGCCUCCAUGCAGGAGGCCAGGAGUGACUUUUCCCUGGUACCCGUUGGCAACCACCUGUACGCUAUCUGUGGCAGAAACAAGACUCCUGGGGAACUCUUCACUGUAGAGAGGUAUGAUCCGUUGGUGGAUGAGUGGAAGUAUGUAAAGAGAGCGUACGAACCCGUGUUUGGCCACGCAGGCGCCGCGCUACAGGGUAAAAUCCUCGUAUCAGGAGGUGGUCGGAAUAAAGUUUUCCACAACCGCGUACAUUCCUACGACACCGCGCUCGACGAGUGGUCCGAGAAGGCUCCGCUGCUCUCUCCGAGGGCGUUUCAUCGCAUGGCGACCGUUGGCGACAAGGUGUUUGCUAUCGGUGGAUACAAGAAUCGCUCGGGUCCAGGGUUCCCUGUUAAUGAUGUCGUGUCCGUGGAAUGUUACAACAUGGCGGAAAACCAGUGGUCCGUCGUGGCGCCAAUGUUGGAAGCACAGACUGGCGCGGGAGUGGCCGUGCUCAACGAAAGCGUCUACGUGGUGGGCGGGAGGGCAUUCAGCUCGACGUCCUCGCGGCGUUCGGUGCGCCUGAACACGGUGACGAAGUACGACACCAAGAGGAACAGGUGGGAGAGGUGCAGUUCCCUCAAACAGCCACUGAGGGGCGCUGCUUGCUGCACACUCAGGCUUCCACAACGAUUGUUCUCCAUGAGCAGACUCAUAACCACUGUGUAAAAACUGUAGUAUAUAGUGGAGUGGGUUCAUUCCUCAAGCUAAGGUCUAGGAAAAAAAAUGUUAUGUU